CUGCGACCCACCGCCGCACACUGCCCAGCUUUACCUGCCACAGCAACGCCGUAACAAGUAAAGAAGGAGAGUGAAUGAGGAGGCGGAGGCACAUACAGCUAGUAUCCAGGAGGCGCCGCCUACACGAGAGUCCCGAGCGGCCGGCCCAGAGGAGAGUCAGUCUGAGCAGGACGGUGCCACGAACAGACGUGUGGCUCUGGGCUCUCUUUGUUUCCCGUGCCCACAGUGCUGACUCCUACUGUGCUGUGUUGAACUAUAUUAAGCUCUGCCGAACCCUAAAGCAGCAACAAUGGGAGUUGAGGAUAAGAAGAAGAAAGGACAGAAGGAUAAGCGUCCAAUGACGCCAUCAGAGAAGUGUAUCUGCCAGAUCUGCACGUGCGGGCGGCACCGAUGUCCCCACUCGCAGCCGAGCGCACGUCGCUGGCAACACACGGCUCUACAUGACGAGAAGGCCCAGAUGGAAUACGCUACAGAACAGUCCUCAGCCUACCGCUCCUUCUCCACCAGCCAGCACCAAGUGGCCCUCAAGAUGGAGAAGAAAUACGUCGACUCCAUCAGUGGAGAGGGCGUAGGCACCUUAGAACUCUCUGAGGCGAGGGACAACAAGACCACGACCGGCCAACAACAUACCACGUCAUCCUCAACUCAACAACAGCAGAGCUCAUCAAGUGUACAGCAAAGCUCCUUCUCCAGCGUGCAGAGGAGCUCAUCCUCGAGUGUACAACAGAGCUCUUCCACGGUCCAAGAGAGCAGCAGCACCCAGCAGCAGCAAGCUUCCUCCACACAGGGAGAUCAGCGCGUGAGUUCUUCGUCUCAGAGAACCAAGGAAGAACUAGCGAGGUUCGCCGACACCUUGUCCGUCAAGGACGAGCUCUUCAGUACCCAGGAGAAGCAGCAGCAGCAACAGGGGAGGCUCACCACAAGCGGCGCUCACACUACUACGCAGGAUUCAGAGGCAGUGUUGAGGGCCGGGGGAGCCAGCUCGUCACUACGGACCCCGGGGGACGGCGGCGGUGGUCUGACUGCAGUAAGCGACUCCUCGUCCCUGGUCGGCCAAUAUGGCGGCUCCUCCUCCGUCGUGUCCUCCACCUCCCACUCUUCCUCCAGUGCCAUCAAGGAGCACACCUCCUCCUCCACCACGGUCAGCUCAAGCAAGAUGUCAAGCUCAGACUCACGAGCCAACAUGACCGGAACUGUCAGUAUCUCCGGCGUCAGCUCUCAAGAAUCCGAGAAUGUUCACGCGGAAAAAAGUAAACACGUUUCUGAGAGCAAGAGUUUGUCGCAGCAGCAGGACCACACGUCGCAGGUGCAGGAGAGGUCCUCAGAGAGUAGACACCUGCACGAGAGCACCAGGCAGAGUCACGAGAGCAGUUCACACCAACAAAAGGUAUCCUCCACCAGUCAACAGCUACUGUCUGAGAGUCAGCAGUUGUCGGAAAGCCAACAAAUGUCAUCAACGAAUCAGCAGAUGUCAUCAACGAGUCAGCAGCAGAUGUCAUCAAAGAGUCAGCAGAUGUCAUCAACGAGUCAGCAGAUGUCAUCAACGAGUCAGCAGAUGUCAGAGAGCAGAGAGAUGUCGUCAGUAAGCCAACAUCACCAACAGUCGGCAUUAUCAUCAUCAGAGGUCCAGCAGUCAUUACAGGUGUCACAGAGCGAAGAGUCACACCGCAAGGCUGUCCGGGCCAGCCAUGAGUCCAGCACUACAGAGUCUCAAACAACAGCGACACAUCACGUCGUUGACAGUAAGGCUCUAAGGACCCACCAGAACGCCUCCACCAUAAAACUUGGCGACGACUACUAUGGUAAAAGUUCACACAAAGAAGAAUUUAUGACAGUAUCAGGUGAAGUUCUCUCAGCUAAACGACCACAAGAUUCCCUGAGGCUUAAGGGAGACCUUUAUUAUCCAGAAAAGACCUCACCAGGCAAGGGAGACCGAGCUGAUGUCAGAAGACCAACUGACAACCUAAGACCAGAAGGUGACUUCUCAGCCCCGGAGAAGGCGUCACCAGGCAAGGGAGACCGAGCUGAUGUCAGAAGACCAACUGACAACCUAAGACCAGAAGGUGACUUCUCAGCCCCGGAGAAGACGUCACCAGGCAAGGGAGACCGAGCUGAUGUCAGAAGACCAUCCGACAACCUGAGAACAGAAGGUGACUUUACUGCUCCAGAGAAGACCAGUCCAGGAAGAGGUGAUCGUGUUGAUGUAAAGAGACCAUCAGACAGUCUAAGACCAGAAGGAGACUUCUCUGUGCCUGAUAGAGCUUCCCCAGGUCAAGGCGACAGAGCAGCCGUAAGAAGACCACAGGACAACCUAGCUCCGUCUGGCGAUUUUGAAGGUGUCAGCACCAAUAAGAACUACUACAAUGUUGUCCAGGGUGACAGGGCAGAAACCAGACAUUACCAAGAUUCUUUAAGGCUAGAUGGUGAGUUCACCGGCGUCACAUCUAGCAAGGAGACAUAUCAGAAACACGAAGCAGUCUCACACUCGGAGCGCAUUACACAACAAGACAAUAUGAAGAUCGAGGGUGAUAUCGAAACCAUGAAAUCAUCCUCUCACUCUGAGUACUAUGAGAAAUCUGGUGAAAGACCUAAGUUACAGAGGAAAAAGACAUGGACUAAACUGGAAGGAGAGAUGUAUAUGAAUCGAUCCAACGAGGAGUAUCAGGAAUAUCAGCAGUCGGAAAAGACUCACAUAACUCGGCAUGAAGAUAACUUGAAAAUGGAAGGAAUAUUUGAGGGGAAGACUAGGGAAACCUUGCCAAUGAAGGGCGAUAGAGCACCUGCCAAACGGCAUCCAGAUAAUCUAAAGAUAGAGGGAACCUUUGAAGGAAAACCAUCAGAAGGUACCCCUCUUGGCGAGAGAGCUCCAAUUAAGAAACACCCAGAUAAUCUAAAGUUGGAAGGCGACUUUGAAGGGAAGCCUGUUGAGGAAACCCCUGUUGGGGAACGUUCGGAGAUUAAACGUUACCCAGACAACUUAAAGCUUUCAGGUGAAAUCGAACCUCGUCCAGCUGGGGAAGUUCCAAUGACUGACAGGGAACAAAUGAAAAGAUAUCCAGACAAUUUGCGUAUGGAAGGGGAGUUUACAGGACGCUCUCGCAGUCGUAGCCCAGUGAAAGGAGAGCGUCCAACGCAAAAACGCCACCCUGACAAUCUCAAGAUGGAAGGAACCUUUGAGGGUAUGGAUAGAAGCAAAAGUCCUACCAAGGGUGAACGUGUAUCUCCCAAGAAGCAUCCUGAUAACUUAAAGGUAGAAGGAGACUUCCUGGGUCGAUCGCCCGAGUCUCCACCAAAAGGGGAGCGUGCCGCAAUUAAGAAACAUCCAGAUAAUCUGAAGAUAGAGGGAGACUUCGAACCAAAACCAAGAGGCCGAAGUCCAGUUAAAGGUGAGCGAGCCAAAACGAAGAAACAUCCAGAUAAUCUCAAACUCCAGGGAGACUUUGAAGGAAAACUUACCGACACUGUACAUGUCAAAGGAGAAAGAGCCAAGGUAGUACGCCAUGAAGAUCAGUUUCAUAUGGAAGGGGAUUUCACUGUCGAAAAAAAAGAAGAGGUUACUUACACAGGAGAAAGAGCUGAAAUAAAGCGACAUGAAGACUCUUUGAGGAUGGAAGGAAGUUUCACAGGCAAAGAAUACAAAUAUCAGCAAUUCCAAGGAGACAGAGCUCAUGUAGUAAAACAUGAAGACAAUCUACGGCUGCAGGGCGAUUUCUUGGCCCCCGAACACGAAAAAGCUCCUAAAGGAGUAAGAGAGCCAAUGAAGAAAUAUCCAGACAACAUCAAAUUAUCAGGAGACUUCACUGGCAAACCCCGUGAAGAUGCUCCACAUGGAGAAAGAGCAUCAGUUAAGAGACAUCCAGACAACCUCCGCAUGACUGGAGAUUUUCAAGGGAAGGAAGAAGACUACAGGAUUAUCAAAGGUGAGAGGGUCGAAGUUGUACGGCAUCAAGACAACUUACGCAUGGAAGGAGAAUUUAUUGGAAAGGAGUAUGAGCAGGUAACAAUAGGUGAAAGAGCUUCCGUGAAGAGACACCCCGACAACUUAAAACCCGAUGGGGAAUUCCAUGGCAAACCAAGGGAAGAUGCACCUCAUGGAGAAAGGGCACCUACAAAAAGGCAUCCUGACAACCUUCGCAUGACUGGAGAAUUCACAGGAAAAGAACAAGAUUACAAAAUUAUUAAAGGUGAAAGAGUUGAGGUAAUUAGACGAGAAGAUAACCUGCGAGUUGAAGGAGACUUUACUGGAAAACAAUAUGAGCAAGUGACAAUCGGAGAGCGAGCACCUGUAAAGAAACAUCCUGACAACCUUCGACCAGGAGGGGACUUUUAUGCUCCAAAACCUGGUGAAGCUCCACGAGGAGAACGUGCUCCAGUCAAGAAACAUCCAGACAACCUAAGAAUGGUUGGAGACUUCGAAGGAAAGCCUCGUGAAGAUGCUCCUUAUGCAGAGAGAGCUCCUGUCAAGAAACACCCUGACAACCUUCGUAUGGAAGGUGACUUCACUGCUCCUACUCAUGGAGAAGUUCCACGGGGUGAACGAGCAACGGUGAAGCGACAUGCUGAUAAUCUGCACAUGACGGGAGAAUUCCAAGGCAAAGAAGAGGAGUACAAAAUUAUUCGAGGUGAAAGAGUAGAAGUAGUUCGACAUGACGACAACUUACGCAUGGAAGGAGAAUUUAUUGGGAAAGAGUAUGAACAGGUCACCAUUGGUGAAAGAGCAACAAUCAAGAAACAUGACGACAAUCUUCGCAUGGUCGGCGAUUUCACUGGCAAACCCCGGGAAGAAGCACCACAUGCUGAGAGAGCUCCUGUCAAGAAACAUCCUGACAAUCUUCGUAUGGAUGGAGAUUUCUAUGCUCCUAAGCCUGGAGAGGCUCCCAGAGGAGAACGAGCUCCUGUUAAGAAACAUCCAGACAACCUAAGAAUGGUUGGAGACUUUGGAGGCAAGCCUCGUGAAGAUGCUCCUUAUGCAGAGAGAGCUCCUGUCAAGAAACAUCCUGACAAUCUCCGCAUGGAUGGAGAUUUCUAUGCACCAAAACCAGGAGAAGUACCACGUGGAGAACGAGCACCUACCAAGAAACACCCAGACAAUCUUAAAAUGGUUGGAGACUUCGAAGGCAAGCCUCGAGAAGAUGCUCCUUAUGCAGAGAGAGCUCCUGUCAAGAAACACCCUGACAACCUUCGCAUGGAUGGAGAUUUCUAUGCUCCUAAGCCUGGAGAGGCUCCCAGAGGAGAACGAGCUCCUGUUAAGAAACAUCCAGACAACCUAAGAAUGGUUGGAGACUUUGGAGGCAAGCCUCGUGAAGAUGCUCCUUAUGCAGAGAGAGCUCCUGUCAAGAAACAUCCAGAUAAUCUUCGUAUGGAAGGUGACUUCACUGCUCCUACUCAUGGAGAAGUUCCACGGGGUGAACGAGCAACGGUGAAGCGACAUGCUGAUAAUCUGCACAUGACGGGAGAAUUCCAAGGCAAAGAAGAGGAGUACAAAAUUAUUCGAGGUGAAAGAGUAGAAGUAGUUCGACAUGACGACAACUUACGCAUGGAAGGAGAAUUUAUUGGGAAAGAGUAUGAACAGGUCACCAUUGGUGAAAGAGCAAAAAUCAAGAAACAUGAAGACAAUCUUCGCAUGGUCGGCGAUUUCACUGGCAAACCCCGGGAAGAAGCACCACAUGCUGAGAGAGCUCCUGUCAAGAAACAUCCUGACAAUCUUCGUAUGGAUGGAGAUUUCUAUGCACCAAAACCAGGAGAAGUACCACGUGGAGAACGAGCACCUACCAAGAAACACCCAGACAAUCUCAAAAUGGUUGGAGACUUCGAAGGCAAGCCUCGAGAAGAUGCUCCUUAUGCAGAGAGAGCUCCUGUCAAGAAGCACCCUGACAACCUUCGCAUGGAUGGAGACUUCGAAGGCAAGCCUCGAGAACAUGCUCCUUAUGCAGAGAGAGCCCCUGUCAAGAAACAUCCCGACAACCUUCGCAUGGAUGGAGAUUUCUAUGCACCAAAACCAGGAGAAGUACCACGUGGAGAACGAGCACCCACCAAGAAACACCCAGACAAUCUUAAAAUGGUUGGUGACUUUGAAGGCAAGCCUCGAGAAGAUGCUCCUUAUGCAGAGAGAGCUCCUGUCAAGAAACACCCUGACAACCUUCGUAUGGAAGGUGACUUCACUGCUCCUACUCAUGGAGAAGUUCCACGGGGUGAACGAGCAACGGUGAAGCGACAUGCUGAUAAUCUGCACAUGACGGGAGAAUUCCAAGGCAAAGAAGAGGAGUACAAAAUUAUUCGAGGUGAAAGAGUAGAAGUAGUUCGACAUGACGACAACUUACGCAUGGAAGGAGAAUUUAUUGGGAAAGAGUAUGAACAGGUCACCAUUGGUGAAAGAGCAACAAUCAAGAAACAUGAAGACAAUCUUCGCAUGGUCGGCGAUUUCACUGGCAAACCCCGGGAAGAAGCACCACAUGCUGAGAGAGCUCCUGGCAAGAAACAUCCCGACAACCUUCGUAUGGAUGGAGAUUUCUAUGCACCAAAACCAGGAGAAGUACCACGUGGAGAACGAGCACCUAUCAAGAAACACCCAGACAAUCUCAAAAUGGUUGGAGACUUCGAAGGCAAGCCUCGAGAAGAUGCUCCUUAUGCAGAGAGAGCUCCUGUCAAGAAACACCCUGACAACCUUCGCAUGGAUGGAGAUUUCUAUGCUCCAAAGCCUGGAGAGGCUCCCAGAGGAGAACGAGCUCCUGUUAAGAAACAUCCAGACAACCUAAGAAUGGUUGGAGACUUCGAAGGCAAGCCUCGAGAAGAUGCUCCUUAUGCAGAGAGAGCUCCUGUCAAGAAGCACCCUGACAACCUUCGCAUGGAUGGAGACUUCGAAGGCAAGCCUCGAGAAGAUGCUCCUUAUGCAGAGAGAGCCCCUGUCAAGAAACAUCCUGACAACCUUCGCAUGGAUGGAGAUUUCUAUGCACCAAAACCAGGAGAAGUACCACGUGGAGAACGAGCACCCACCAAGAAACACCCAGACAAUCUUAAAAUGGUUGGUGACUUUGAAGGCAAGCCUCGAGAAGAUGCUCCUUAUGCAGAGAGAGCUCCUGUCAAGAAACACCCUGACAACCUUCGUAUGGAAGGUGACUUCACUGCUCCUACUCAUGGAGAAGUUCCACGGGGUGAACGAGCAACGGUGAAGCGACAUGCUGAUAAUCUGCACAUGACGGGAGAAUUCCAAGGCAAAGAAGAGGAGUACAAAAUUAUUCGAGGUGAAAGAGUAGAAGUAGUUCGACAUGACGACAACUUACGCAUGGAAGGAGAAUUUAUUGGGAAAGAGUAUGAACAGGUCACCAUUGGUGAAAGAGCAACAAUCAAGAAACAUGAAGACAAUCUUCGCAUGGUCGGCGAUUUCACUGGCAAACCCCGGGAAGAAGCACCACAUGCAGAGAGAGCUCCUGUCAAGAAACAUCCUGACAAUCUUCAAAUGAAUGGAGAAUUUUAUGCACCAAAACCAACAAAAGCUCCAAGAGGGGAACGUGCUCCAACUAAGAAACACCCAGACAACUUAAUCAUGGAUGGUGAUUUUGAGGGAAGACCUCGUGAAGAUGCUCCACAUGCUGAGAGAGCUACUGUCAAGAAACACCCUGACAACCUUCAAAUGGAUGGGGAUUUCUAUGCUCCUACACCUGGUGAUGCUCCAAGAGGCGAACGUGCUCCUAUCAAGAAACAUCCAGACAACCUUAGGAUGGCUGGUGACUUCGAAGGAAGGCCUCGAGAAGAUGCUCCUCAUGCAGAGAGAGCUACUGUCAAGAAACACCCUGACAACCUUCGAAUGGAUGGAGAUUUCUAUGCUCCUACAUCUGGUGAUGCUCCAAGAGGCGAACGAGCUCCUAUUAAGAAACAUCCAGACAACCUUAGGAUGGCUGGUGACUUCGAAGGAAGGCCUCGAGAAGAUGCUCCUCAUGCAGAGAGAGCUACUGUCAAGAAACACCCUGACAACCUUCGAAUGGAUGGAGAUUUCUAUGCUCCUACACCUGGGGAUGCUCCAAGAGGCGAACGAGCUCCUAUUAAGAAACAUCCAGACAACCUUAGGAUGGCUGGUGACUUCGAAGGAAGGCCUCGAGAAGAUGCUCCUCAUGCAGAGAGAGCCCCUGUCAAGAAACACCCUGACAACCUUCGAAUGGAUGGAGAUUUCUAUGCUCCUAAACCUGGAGAAGCUCCACGAGGCGAUAGGGCACCAGUCAAGAAACAUCCAGACAAUCUGAAAAUGGUUGGAGACUUUGAAGGCAGGCCUCGCGAAGGUGCUCCCGUUUCGGAAAGAGUCAAAGGAAAGAAGCACCCUGACAACCUACAGAUGGAGGGUGACUUCAUUGCUCCUACACAUGAAGAGGCUCCACGAGGUGAGCGAGCAUCUGUCAAACGACAUGUUGAUAAUCUUCACAUGACUGGAGAAUUCCAAGGAAAAGAAGAAGAAUAUAGAGUUGUCCGGGGAGAAAGAGUUGAUGUGAUUCGAAGAGAAGACAAUCUAAGGAUGGAGGGAGAAUUCAUUGGAAAAGAAUAUGAGCAAGUUACCAUCGGAGAAAGAGCUCCUAUUAAGAAGCAUCCAGACAAUCUUCGUAUGGUUGGUGAUUUCACUGGAAAACCACAUGAAGAAGCUCCUCAUGCUGAGAGAGCUCCUGUCAAGAAACACCCUGACAACCUUCGAAUGGAUGGAGAUUUCUAUGCACCAAAACCAGGAGAGGCUCCAAGAGGCGAACGUGCUCCAGUUAAGAAACAUCCAGACAACCUAAGAAUGGCUGGUGACUUCGAAGGAAAGCCUCGAGAAGAUGCGCCAUAUGCAGAGAGAGCCCCUGUCAAGAAACACCCUGACAACCUUAGAAUGGAUGGAGAUUUCUAUGCUCCUACACCUGGUGAUGCUCCAAGAGGCGAACGUGCUCCUAUAAAGAAACAUCCAGACAACCUUAGGAUGGCUGGUGACUUCGAAGGAAAGCCCCGAGAAGAUGCCCCAUAUGCAGAGAGAGCCCCUGUCAAGAAACACCCUGACAACCUUCGAAUGGAUGGAGAUUUCUAUGCUCCUACACCUGGUGAUGCUCCAAGAGGCGAACGUGCUCCUAUAAAGAAACAUCCAGACAACCUUAGGAUGGCUGGUGACUUCGAAGGAAAGCCCCGAGAAGAUGCCCCAUAUGCAGAGAGAGCCCCUGUCAAGAAACACCCUGACAACCUUCGAAUGGAUGGAGAUUUCUAUGCUCCUACACCUGGUGAUGCUCCAAGAGGCGAACGUGCUCCUAUCAAGAAACAUCCAGACAACCUUAGGAUGGCUGGUGACUUCGAAGGAAAGCCUCGAGAAGAUGCUCCAUAUGCAGAGAGAGCCCCUGUCAAGAAACACCCUGACAACCUUCGAAUGGAUGGAGAUUUCUAUGCUCCUACACCUGGAGAGGCUCCACGAGGCGAACGAGCUCCUAUCAAGAAACAUCCAGACAACCUUAGGAUGGCUGGUGACUUCGAAGGAAAGCCUCGAGGAGAUGCUCCAUAUGCAGAGAGAGCCCCUGUCAAGAAACACCCUGACAACCUUCGAAUGGAUGGAGAUUUCUAUGCUCCUACACCUGGGGAUGCUCCAAGAGGCGAACGAGCUCCUAUCAAGAAACAUCCAGACAACCUUAGGAUGGCUGGUGACUUCGAAGGAAAGCCUCGAGAAGAUGCUCCUUAUGCUGAGAGAGCACCUGUCAAGAAACACCCUGACAACCUUCGAAUGGAUGGAGAUUUCUAUGCUCCUACACCUGGUGAUGCUCCAAGAGGCGAACGUGCUCCUACCAAGAAACACCCAGAUAACCUUAGGAUGGCUGGUGACUUCGAAGGAAAACCCCGAGAAGAUGCUCCUUAUGCAGAGAGAGCUCCUGUCAAGAAACACCCUGACAACCUUAGAAUGGAUGGAGAUUUCUAUGCUCCUACACCUGGUGAUGCUCCAAGAGGCGAACGUGCUCCUAUCAAGAAACAUCCAGACAACCUUAGGAUGGCUGGUGACUUCGAAGGAAGGCCUCGAGAAGAUGCUCCUUAUGCAGAGAGAGCUCCUGUCAAGAAACACCCUGACAACCUUAGAAUGGAUGGAGAUUUCUAUGCUCCUACACCUGGUGAUGCUCCAAGAGGCGAACGUGCUCCUAUCAAGAAACAUCCAGACAACCUUAGGAUGGCUGGUGACUUCGAAGGAAAGCCUCGAGAAGAUGCUCCAUAUGCUGAGAGAGCUCCUGUCAAGAAACACCCUGACAACCUGCGAAUGGAUGGAGAUUUCUAUGCUCCUACACCUGGAGAGGCUCCACGAGGCGAUAGGGCACCAGUCAAGAAACAUCCAGACAAUCUGAAAAUGGUUGGAGACUUUGAAGGCAGGCCUCGCGAAGGUGCUCCUUAUGCAGAGAGAGCCCCUGUCAAGAAACACCCUGACAACCUUCGAAUGGAUGGAGAUUUCUAUGCUCCUACACCUGGAGAGGCUCCACGAGGCGAUAGGGCACCAGUCAAGAAACAUCCAGACAAUCUGAAAAUGGUUGGAGACUUUGAAGGCAGGCCUCGCGAAGGUGCUCCCGUUUCGGAAAGAGUCAAAGGAAAGAAGCACCCUGACAACCUACAGAUGGAGGGUGACUUCAUUGCUCCUACACAUGAAGAGGCUCCACGAGGUGAGCGAGCAUCUGUCAAACGACAUGUUGAUAAUCUUCACAUGACUGGAGAAUUCCAAGGAAAAGAAGAAGAAUAUAGAGUUGUCCGUGGAGAAAGAGUUGAUGUGAUUCGAAGAGAAGACAAUCUAAGGAUGGAGGGAGAAUUCAUUGGAAAAGAAUAUGAGCAAGUUACCAUCGGAGAAAGAGCUCCUAUUAAGAAGCAUCCAGACAAUCUUCGUAUGGUUGGUGAUUUCACUGGAAAACCACAUGAAGAAGCUCCUCAUGCUGAGAGAGCUCCUGUCAAGAAACACCCUGACAACCUUCGAAUGGAUGGAGAUUUCUAUGCACCAAAACCAGGAGAGGCUCCAAGAGGCGAACGUGCUCCAGUUAAGAAACAUCCAGACAACCUAAGAAUGGCUGGUGACUUUGAAGGAAAGCCUCGAGAAGAUGCUCCUUAUGCUGAGAGAGCUCCUGUCAAGAAACACCCUGACAACCUUCGAAUGGAUGGAGAUUUCUAUGCUCCUACACCUGGUGAUGCUCCAAGAGGCGAACGUGCUCCUAUCAAGAAACACCCAGACAACCUUAGGAUGGCUGGUGACUUCGAAGGAAAGCCUCGAGAAGAUGCUCCAUAUGCAGAGAGAGCCCCUGUCAAGAAACAUCCGGAUAAUCUUCGCAUGGACGGAGAUUUCUAUGCUCCUAAGCCUGGAGAGGCUCCAAAAGGAGAACGAGCUCCUGUUCAGAAACACCCUGACAACCUUCGAAUGGAUGGGGAUUUCUAUGCUCCUACACCUGGUGAUGCUCCAAGAGGCGAACGUGCUCCUAUCAAGAAACAUCCAGACAACCUUAGGAUGGCUGGUGACUUCGAAGGAAAGCCCCGAGAAGAUGCUCCUUAUGCAGAGAGAGCUCCUGUCAAGAAACACCCUGACAACCUUCGAAUGGAUGGAGAUUUCUAUGCUCCUACAUCUGGUGAUGCUCCAAGAGGCGAACGUGCUCCUAUCAAGAAGCAUCCAGACAACCUUAGGAUGGCUGGUGACUUCGAAGGAAAGCCAAGAGAGGAUGCCCCAUAUGCUGAGAGAGCCCCUGUCAAGAAACACCCUGACAACCUUCGAAUGGAUGGAGAUUUCUAUGCUCCUACACCUGGUGAUGCUCCAAGAGGCGAACGUGCUCCUAUCAAGAAACAUCCAGACAACCUUAGGAUGGCUGGUGACUUCGAAGGAAAGCCAAGAGAGGAUGCCCCAUAUGCUGAGAGAGCCCCUGUCAAAAAGCAUCCUGAUAACCUUCGUAUGGAUGGAGAUUUCUAUGCUCCUACACUUGGAGAGGCCCCAAGAGGAGAACGAGCUCCUGUUCAGAAACAUCCAGACAACCUAAGAAUGGUUGGAGACUUUGAAGGAAAGCCUCGAGAAGAUGCUCCUUAUGCAGAGAGAGCCCCUGUCAAGAAACAUCCGGAUAAUCUUCGCAUGGACGGAGAUUUCUAUGCUCCUAAGCCAGGAGAGGCUCCAAGAGGCGAACGUGCUCCGGUUAAGAAACACCCAGACAAUCUUAGGAUGGAUGGAGAUUUCGAAGGAAAGCCUCGUGAAGAUGCUCCUUACGCAGACAGAGCUCCUGUCAAGAAACACCCUGACAACCUUCGAAUGGAUGGAGAUUUCUAUGCUCCUAAGCCUGGAGAUGCACCUCGUGCAGAACGUGCCCCCAUAAAAAGACAUGAUGAUAAUCUUCGGAUGACAGGAGAAUUCCAUGGAAAAGAAGAAGAGUACCGGGUAGUUCGAGGAGAGAGGGUUGAUGUCGUUCGACGUGAAGAUAAUCUACGAAUGGAGGGAGAGUUUAUUGGUAAGGAAUAUGAACAAGUUACAAAAGGUGAGAGAGUCGAUAUCAAGAAGCACUCGGACAACCUUCGUAUGGAUGGCAAAUUCUAUGCACCAACACCAGAGGAUGCCCCACGUGGUGAACGCGCUCCAGUGAAGAAACAUCCUGAUCAUUUGAAGCCUGAAGGAGAAUGGGUGGGCCAGUCAAGUACACACUAUGAUUAUCCAGUAGUGUCUGGAGUCCGGAGUGAGGUUCACCGCCAAACUGAUAAUUUAAGACAGGAAGGAGAAUUUGCUGGGAAGACACAGUUUACUGAUGAUUAUCAACUCUAUCAAGUACAACGAGCCCAAACUGUAAAGCAUUCUGAUAAUCUCACGGUUGAGGGAAAAUACCAUCUUGACACCCUCCAAAAAGAUGAAUAUAAAAUCCAUAAAGGAGUUCGAGCUGAAAUUAAGAAACACAGCGAUAACCUGCACAUGGAGGGCGAGUUUACUGGACGUCGUCAUGAACUAAGCCACGUGAAGGGAGAACGUGCUCCUGUUGUUCACCAUCCUGACCAUCUGCGUACAGAUGGAGAAUUCGAAGGAAAACCUACGGAAGAAGCCCCUCGUGGGGAACGCGCACCCAUAAAGAAACACCCUGACAAUCUUAAAAUGGAAGGUACCUUUGAAGGAAAACCCCAUGAUAGCCCCUUGAAAGGUGAGCGUGCUACAGUUAAGAAACAUGAAGAUACAUUAAGGAUGGAGGGAACGUUUGAAGGACGUAGAAAGUCUGCCGCCAUCAGGGGUGAGCGAGCCGACGUGAAGAAGCAUUCUGACAAUCUUCGAAUGGAAGGCGACAUGACCUUUACCCGUGAAGAGGCAGCCAUCAGAGGUGAGAGAGCUGAAAUCUCUAAACAUGCCGACAAUCUAAGAAUGGAAGGUGAGAUGGAAAUCACAAAAACAUCCUUUGCUACUAAAGGUGAAAGAGUAACUGUACAGAAACAUGAGGACUCUCUGAAACUUGAAGGGGAUAUGUUAAUUACCAAAACAGAAAUGGCAACGAAGGGAGAAAGGGCAGAAAUCAAGAAACACAAAGACCACUUGAAAACUGAAGGAGACUUUGAAGGGAAGAAGAAAACUCUUGUACAGAAAGGAGAAAGAGCAGAAAUUAAGAAGCAAAAAGAUAACUUGAGAAUGGAAGGAGACCUAAGCAUCGAGAAGAAGACAUCAGUAAUCAAGGGAGAGCGAGCUGCCAUUAAGAAGCAUGAAGAUUCACUGAAGAUGGAAGGCAAAUUUGAAGGCAGAAGAAAGUCUGCAGCAUUUGGUAAAGGGGAUAGAGCAGAUGUGAAGAAACCUAAGGACAACCUUAAACAAGAGGGAGAAUUCAAUGCAACUCGUAAGACCUCAAUUGUAAAGGGCGAAAGAGCUGAAAUUAAGAAACAUGAGGACAACUUAAAGAUGGAAGGAACACUGAAUGUUUCUAAGGAGACUACAGUUAUUUCAAGAGGAGAACGAGCAGAAAUAAAGAAGCAUGAAGACCAUUUGAAGAUGGAGGGUAGUUUUGAGGGAAGAAGGAAGAGUGCUGCAACAUUUAGAGGAGAACGUGUUGAAAUUAAGAAGCAAGAAGAUAAUCUAAAGAUGGAAGGGAAGUUUGAAGUUUUCCAAAGAACUAGUACCCCUGCUAAAGAUGGCGUAAAGAGAACUGAAACAUUCAAAGUGAAAGGAGAAAGAGCACAAAUAAAGAAAUACGAAGACAAUUUAAAGAUGGAGGGUGAAUUCUACAGUCAGUCACCAGAUGUUAGUCCAAUCAAGGGAGACCGAGCAGAUGUGAAGAAACCAAAAGACAAUCUUUCAGUCAGUGGCAAGUUUGAUGGACGACCUAAAGAUUUACCAGGAGUAGGAGAACGGCCACCACCUUACAAAUAUGAUGACAACCUAAAAAUGGAAGGUGACUUUGAAGGUAAAAGAAAAGCCUCACCAGGAAAAGGUGAACGUUUGCCUCAAAAUAGACAUCCAGAUAACCUCACACUGGAAGGCGAUAUUUCUGGACGCUCCUUGGACAGCCCUGGAGUAGGUGAGCGACUCCCUCAAAAACGGUACCCAGACAAUCUAAAAAUGGAGGGCAGUUUCGAAGGGAAGGCAAGAGGAAGUCCUGGACCUGGUGACCAUCUUCCACAGAAACGUUAUCCUGAUAAUCUCAAAAUGGAAGGUGACUUCGAGGGGCGACGCCCAUCUUCUCCAGGUAAAGGAGAUCGAUUUUCACCAACUAAGCAUGGAGACAAUCUGAGACUUGAAGGGGAGUUCACUGGAUCAAGAAGAGAAAGCAGAGAAAGCAGCAUCUCGAACGGAAAGACAGAAGUUCUACAAACUAAAGACACUGCUGUUGCCGGAAGUACCGCAAAGACCCGACGUGAUACAGUCGUACUGAAAUCCGGAGAAUCAAUUGCUACUCGAACAGAGGAAUCAAAAUCUCUUCAAAAGUCCAGCUCAGACAAAAAAGACGUGAGCUCAAACAGAGAUGUACAGACAGUUGAGUCUUAUACUGCUGAUGGCCGAAAAGUCACAAGAGUCAUUACCAAAGAAAGUCGAGAGACUAAGUCAGCCUCACGUGCCGAGUCUAGAGCUACGAGUGUGAAGACGAGUACCGAACAGAGAAAGAUCUCUUCUGCUGAAGCCAAAAUUGAGUCCUCGGGUAGUGUCGAGACCCAAGCAACAAGUAAGACAGUGAAGGGAAGAUCUCCUCAACCAGUAACUUCCCCCACCACUCCUACAGGACGCUCUCGACAUAACCAGUCCUCCUUCUCCCUUAGUGACGACACCAGUGUCAUGGAAAGUAGAACACGUUCCAGUGCUGUUCAAAAGUCAUCUUCCAGUAGUCAAAUUAGUCUAGAUCAAAAACAAGAAUCUUCAACCUCCACAAGAGAGAUGGCAUCUUCCCUUCGCCAAGCUGACGCCUUGGAUCUUCGUGGAAGCAACAAAACCGAGACAACACACGGUGUAAGUCACUCGGCACAUAUAGCUGGCAACAGUCAGGAAGAAUACCGCAAAUGGUCUGCUAAUCAUCAGCAGAGUGAACAGCGACGAGCGUCCAGCAGCACCAGCCGGACGGAGCAGCGAGUAAAUCGAGGGCAAGGUAACUCAUCCUCCAUCACCUUCCACUCAGAGUACGACCCUUGGAGAGACGCCACCAUCACUCGGCGAGGCGAGUGGCAGAUAGUGACGCCAUGCCCAGCCUCUCUCCUUGAGACCCGCGCCUCCAACUACAAGGCCUCCAAUUCCGGAAAAGACCACAAAUUUUAUCUCCCGAUAGUUGAGUGAAUAACCGAUUAUGUAUACAGGACUUGACAUAACCUCCUUAUAAUAGUGACAACUCAGUAUAUUUUUUUUUUCUGAUGACCAAGAAGGUCUUGCAUAUAAUCUUUGUUAUGCACAGUAAUGCUCACUUUAACCUGUGAUGUUGACCGCCUUAUGACCGACUCCAAUGUUUAGACAAUAUAAGCUUCAAACUGUGAUGACUUCAAUAAGAAACUUUAUUAUAACUACUCAGCUAUAUUUAAGACAGCUGUUUAUAAUAUUAGUGUAGCUCCUAUUACAGAAUGACAUCACAAAACUCAUUUCCUAUUUUUGUAUAAUCUUGACUAAGAAUGUAAUUUUCUAAUCAAAAGAGUAUGAAGACAGUAACACCUGCUUCUAUAUUAAUUAUGGCUUUGUGAUUGAAAGGGAUAUAUUUUGUUCACAUUAGUAUUAAGUGGUAAGGCAGCGUUAUUGAUCUGCUCUUGCUUGUUAAGAUCGGGGACAUCUCUUAACAAGUGAAAGUAGAUGACAGCUGCUGGUGCGCCUCUGUCCCCGGCCAGGCCCAGCUCGGCCCAAGACAGAUGGCGCGGCCCUGGCACGUUGUGACCGGCCGACUCAGCCUGUGGCCCAGCGUAGCCCAGAGUACCUAUGCUACUCGUGGCUACAGCUUUCUCAAAUGGUGCUUGGUUGUGUAAUUUACAUUUUUUUUACUUAAAGAUAUGUGCAUCUAUGCAUUUAAAGCAUUUUAAGAAACUAUAUAUGAAUCUGAUGUUUAAUAUUUUCCUACGAAUGUAUGGUUUAUUUGAGAGAAUAAUUGACUAUGUUAGGUGACUUUCUUUAUGUUGGAGCUCGACGCCAGAGUCGAGCUCCCAGUUUGUUGGUGCCAUAAGUUAGCUGGGAGGCGAGGAGAGUGCCUCGCCGCCAUCGAGUGCUCACAACAGCAACGGCCACAAUACCCAAGCUUGUGACAAGGCAAUAAAUUUCAAUUUAUUGAUCCUGAGUCUGUUUAUAUGCCAUGGGGAAAAAACCUACUCAUUCUCUUAGAUAACACUGAUCCCUGAAGGUCAUAUUUCUCCUACACACAAACACACACACACACGCACUAGCACACACAAACACACAGUUCUGCUUGCACAUAUCCGCGUGUGUUUUACAAUUCUUCUUGCACACUUUAACGGUUCCUUUACCCGUCACGGACUCUGAUGAAAAUCACUUAACGUGUAUGAACAGCUGCUGAUUACUGCAUUCGUUCAUAAAUUCACAAAAGUGACCAUAGAUAAGGAGACACAAGCAAGGAGCACUGAAGGGUUACUGGAAGGCAAAAUGAACCUUAUGAAAGCUCCUGCACAUCCUGACUCCUUAAACAUGGCUCAUUAGUCUGUGAGUUUUUACAGUGUGGAUUAUAUUCAACGAUUCUUUCCCAUUUUUCUUUUGGUUUGUUUAGCCUCUUCAAGUCUUGGGUUUAUUUCUUAUAGUUUUGUUGGUCUCACUCAGCUAAGAAGCAUCGCUUUAUGCAAUGUGCACACUGGAGGUUGCUUCUUUUGUGCUUCAUGUUAUCACGAUGUAAUAUGUAUAAAAUAAUUAAGAUGUGAUAUUACAGUUAGCCCAAAAAUAAAAUGCUCGCUUGUU